GUUGGGUUAUAACCCAUCAGCAACAACGUGCCAUGUAGUAUAGCGCGGAUAAUACCGCUCUGUAAAUAAAAAAAAAAAGAAGCGAAACUAUCUCUGUUUACGUGUAGCCUAUCUCAGACCACUGUCAACUGGAUGGACGCGCUGCCUGAAUUAUAAUUCUCGGCGGAGCUGAGGAGGAUGGGAGGAGUGUCCCCGUGCUGGAGGACAUGUCAUUCGGUCGACUUCUGCGCCGCGCCUCCACUAAAGCCUCUGACCUCCUGACCUUCAACUCGUCAGGGUCGCGAGGAGCCCUGGAUGGAGAGAUCAUCUUCUCCAAGAACAAUGUGUGCGUCCACCCCGCAGAGCCCCUGCCCGGCCUGCCAGAGCACCACCCAGGCUACCUGUGUGUCCACAUGGAGAAGGACGAGGCCCUGGGCUCCACACUCAUCCUGACCUGGGUGCCCAACUCCCGCAUCGCGCGGCAGGACGAGGAGGCUCUGCGCUACAUCACCCCGGAGAGCUCCCCCGUGCGCCGACACCCCCGCCGACGGCCCCGUAGGCCCCCACGACAACCCCCACCCGCCCCCGAGGAGCAGGAGGAGGAGGGGCUGGUGGGGCUUGGCGAGGAGGUGGUAGAGGGGGGUCGGGAGGCGGAGGGCAGCAGCAUGGGUCCCUCGCCCUCUCCUUCCCCCCAGCAGAAUCACGGGCACCUCCAGCUGCAUCCUAAUCAUCAGAACCAGCAGCAGCAGCAUCAGCAGCAGGAGGAAGGGGACGAGGGCUCCUGUGAGCUCUCUGCCGAUGAGGUCAGCAGGGACAGCACGCUGGGCUCCGACUCGGACACCUUCUCCUCGCCCUUCUGCCUGUCGCCCGUCAGCGAGGCGCUGGGAGAGAGCGCCGGACCCGUGUUCUUGGAUAGCGAGGGCAGGGAGAUGUGUGACGAGUCCAUGACCCACUCGGCCAGCUCUGCCUCCAGUUUAGACAGCCACGCCCCCUCGGAGAGCAGCCAAUCACAGGGCACGAGGUGGGAGGAGCAGCAGAAGCUUCUGGCCCUGGAGCAGCUGUGUGGGGUGUUCCGAGUGGACCUGGGCCACAUGCGCUCCCUACGCCUCUUCUUCAGUGAUGAGGCCUGCACUAGUGGGCAGCUGGUCAUCGCUAGCCGGGAGAGCCAGUACAAGAUCUUGCACUUCCACCACGCUGGACUGGAUAAGCUGGCGGAGGUCUUCCAGCAGUGGAAGUUCUGCAGAGAGACCCAGAUGAAGGACCAGGUGUCAGAGGAGAAGUCCUGUAUGCAGUUCUCCAUCCGCAGGCCCACGCUGCCCUCAGCGGAGAUGCACCCUGAGGAGCGGCUGUACCGCCGGCUGGACGUGACCUCCUGGCUGCGCCACCUCAACCACUGCGGACAGGUGGAGGAGGAGUACAAACUACGCAAGGCCAUCUUCUUUGGUGGUAUCGACCCGUCCAUCCGGGGGGAGGUGUGGCCCUUCCUACUGCGCUACUACAGCUGGGACUCCUCCUCUGAGGAGCGCGAGGCCUGGAGGCUGCAGAAGAGGACCGAGUACCAGGACAUACAACAGAGGAGGCUGUGCAUGAGUCCUGAGGAGCAGAGUGAGUUCUGGAGGAAGGUGCAGUUCACGGUGGAUAAGGACGUGGUCCGCACCGACCGCACCAACCUCUUCUUCAGGGGCGAGAACAACCCCAACGUGGAGAUCAUGAGGCGUAUCCUGUUGAACUACGCGGUCUUCAACCCGGAGAUGGGUUACUGCCAGGGCAUGUCCGACCUGGUGGCCCCGCUGCUGUCGGAGGUGCAGGACGAGAGCGACACGUUCUGGUGCUUCGUGGGCCUCAUGGAGAACACCAUCUUCAUCAGCUCGCCCCGCGACGAGGACAUGGAGAGGCAGCUGUUGUACCUGCGGGAGCUGCUGCGUCUGAUGCUGCCUCGGUUCCAUCAGCACCUGCUGCGUCUGGGGGAGGACGGGCUGCAGCUGCUCUUCUGCCACCGCUGGCUGCUGCUCUGCUUCAAGAGGGAGUUCCCCGACGCUGAGGCCCUGCGCAUGUGGGAGGCCUGCUGGGCACACUACCAGACGGACUACUUCCACCUGUUCCUGUGCGUGGCCAUCAUCGUGCUGUAUGGGGAGGACGUGACGGAGCUGCAGCUGGCCACCGACCAGAUGCUGCUGCACUUCAGCAACCUCUCCAUGCACAUGAACGGGGAACUGGUGCUGCGCAAGGCCCGUAGUCUGCUCUACCAGUUCCGCCUGUUACCCAGAAUCCCUUGCAGUCUGCACGACCUGUGCAAGCUGUGCGGGCCGGGCAUGUGGGACAGCCGCUACAUCCCGGCCGUGGAAUGUUCCGGAGAGCACCAGGACUCUCAGAGCUGCCCGUACGGGGGCACCGUGGACCCCCAGCCGCCCCCCUCCCCGCGGCCCGACACCACCUCCACCAACACCACCACCACCACCCCGCCUGAUGGCAAGAGGGGCUCCAAGACUCGGGACAUCUUCAGCUUCCGCAAGCAGUCCUGAGUUAGGGGAGUUGGGGUUGGUUGAUGUGGUGACAGAUCAGUGAUGUCACAUCAUGUGGAGGCUGAAGGGGGGGGUGUUGGUGCCAGUGAGCAGCCUGAUCCUGGGGCUGCUUUGGUGCCCACAUUGGUGGGUGAAUGGGCACUCUGCUCAAGAACACCUUCACCCACUUGCCUCACCCUUGAGUUUUUUUUUCUCAAAAUGUUUAUUUUGUUUUAUUUUGUUUGUUUGUUUGUUUUGCUUGCUGUUUUUUUUGUUUUCCAUAAGGGCAUUGCUUUAUGUGUGUGUGUGUGUCCACAUGUCUGUAUGUUUUCACAUUUCUGUGUGUCUGCGUGUGCGUGUGCGUGUGCGUGUGUGUGUGUGUGUGUGUGUGUGUGUGUGUGUGUGUACUGACAGCAUGUCUGUGUGGGCUGAUGUGACAGUCGCAGUGGGAGAGAGAGAGUCUCCAUCUUGGUCAUGCACCAGUUUGUGGAUGAACAGGGUAUCUCCCGUAAGCAAUAUGUCAAACCUCAUUGUUGAGACUGAACUGGAGGGGAAAAAACACCACCCAAAUUAACUUCCACUGCUCAACACAUCACAUUGUUGUAUCAUCUCUGACAUUUCAUUUGUUAUUUUAUUUUAUUCUGUGUAUCCCCAAGUUCAAUUACAUGUUUACCUUCAUGUCUACCUUCUCCUUUUUGAUUUAAAAAAAAAAUUGUGAUGAUGAUGCUGCAAGAAAUGGCUCAUUGUUAAUGGCAUUUUUAUUCACACUAGAGAGAAUAGGGAAAGGUGCAAUAAUAGUUGAGGGAUAGGAUUGUGCACAUCCCAGGAAAAGGUGCAGGACGAAGGCCCACUAGUUUUCAGAGUGAGAAGUCCGCACACUUAAAAUCCUUUUUGUUGUCUUUUUAAGUGUGCGGACUUCUCUCUUUGAAAACUGAAGGUGCAAUAAUAACCUGAGGGUCAUAUUAAGAAUCCAAAAAAAUAAAAGUUCGGCUGCUGCAGCACCAAUCUUUGCAGUACAGUACUGUAUAUGCUUUCUCAGCUCACGGCCGCCUUAAGAACCGGAAAGACCAGGAGAGCUGGUUUCACGAGUCGUGCUCAAAAGUCAACAGUCCGUUGCUAUUCCGUGUGAUCCCAGAUUCUCCGCAGGGGAAAAGAGAGAAGACGGGAGGGAGAGAGACAGACAGGGAGGGAGGGACCGAGACCGUGAGAGAUUGGGAGGGAGGUUAGAGAGAGAUGAGAGAGAGUGUGUGGCUGGUGCUUGUGUCUGGUUUCGCUCGGGGGGCCGGGAAGGAAUCUCUGUGAUAAGAUAAAGCAAACACCGGGCGGUGUCGGUUUGACUCCACGGAUGAAUAUUUUAUACUGGGACUAAUGUGGGAGGAGGAAGGGGCAGGGUUAGGGGGCAAAAGCAAACUCAUCACAGCAGCUUUGAGUCCAAGCUAGGGGAAUUCCUUCCCCUCUUGUUUUCUGUGUGUGUGUGUGUGUGUGUGUGUGUGUGCGUGUGUGUGUGUAUUGGAAAUAGCUGGAGGUCAUAUCAGAUCUUACAGGAAGGGAUGGAUAAUUGUAUUCAUAUCAAUUACGGUUGAGCUGUGUGAAAGAAUGGAUCUGCGGUCAUCAACGCUUACUUGAUACUCACCAUCAUCAUGCUCUUUAACACGACUCACAAUCAAUAUCAGUUCAGUGGGCAAGCAAACAUCAAAGAUUAUUAUAAGUUGGUUAAGAUUGGAUUGUAUCUUUUUUAAUGCAUGUGUCAAUACACAAGGCUUUGCUGCAGCUCAUCAGAGCCGGGGGAAAAAGAAAACUGUACAUUUUCACCUUUUUUCUUUUCAACCAAAUAUGCCUCUUUGUGAGGAGAGUCCAAUGUCUGUACUUCAUUUUGGAAUGUUUAUGCAAUUGUAAUGUACACUCUAGAAAAUAUUGUUGAAAUCCUGGAAUAAACGGCACAUCUGUAAGGAGAUUUAUCCAAAGUGAAAAAUAUGAAGUAAAGUUGAAAAAUGACCAA